UGUUACGAAUAAGGGUCAAUAAGAGGUCACGAAGUAGUGUUUGUAGCGAAACGGAAGUCGGACUCAAGAGUUAUAGAUCAUCGAGUGAAAUAUUUUGUUGCUUUGUUUUAUAUUGAUCCAAACGACAUACAAUGGCUCUUAAAAGAUUAUCUAAGGAACUUAAAGAUAUUACAUCAGACCCACCCGCAGGCUGUUCAGCGGGUCCAGAAACAGAAGGAGAUCUUUUCAACUGGAAAGCAACAAUACAAGGGCCAGAAGACAGUCCAUACUCUGGUGGACUUUAUUUCUUAAAGAUACAGUUUCCAACAGAUUACCCAUUUAAACCUCCAAAGGUUUCAUUCACAACAAAGAUUUACCACCCAAACAUCAAUAGCAAUGGCAGUAUUUGUUUGGAUAUCCUCCGAUCUCAAUGGUCCCCAGCCCUAACUGUUUCUAAAGUCCUGUUGUCCAUAAAUGCCUUGAUGACAGAUCCAAACCCAGACGAUCCAUUAAUGCCAGAAAUUGCAAAACUGUACAAGACAGAUAGGGCCAAGUAUAACAAAAUGGCCAUGGAGUGGACCAAGAAAUACGCCAGUUAAUGGACAGUGGACUAGCCUAGCCACCUAGGACAUUAACUUUUAACUGUGAUAUGAAAAACUCUUGGAAGAUUGAUUGAAGUAUUUGUGUAGUCUUUUAGCAAGUACUUGAAUAACAGUGUCUACUUUAAAAGUAUGGUAAUGUGUUGUCCUUUUUAUUUGACAAAAAAAAAAUUAUUGUUUUGUUCAUUGAUGUUCAUUUAUUUUUCUUGAUUGGUCUGGCAAUAUAAAGACACUAUGGUUUUUGUUCAAAGGGGUAAAAAAAACCCUCCAUGCUGAAUUAUAUUUAUUACUAUGUUUAAAAGUGAUUUAAAAAUCCAAAAUACUGAUUUUUAUUUAAAUUAAAUGUGUAAGAAAUACAAUUGUUAUCAUAAAUAUGAGGGAAGUGGUAAGAGGGACAAAAAUUAAUUUUGAAAAUUGAAACUUCAUUAUAAAAUUAAAUGUAUGUCAAUUUGACAUCAAACAUUGAAGUAUUUAGUAUCCAUUGUGCAAGUUCAACAUUAAUAAAUUAUUAUUUUUUUCUCUGCACAGUAUACAUUUAUAUCACACUAAAUAUUAGAGAGGUUAAGCAUUUAAACGUGUACGUCUACAGGUACGUGUGAAGCUACAAGUCUGUUUACACGUACACUUACCAAAAUUUUGAUUAUGUUUUAUAACUGUAAGUGUACGCGUAUGUGUGAAAUAAUUAGAUUCAGCGUUUUCAACAUGUUUAUUCUACUCUCAUUGUUUAUGAAAUUAUUCUAUGACUUUGAUGAAACCAAAAGCAUAGUUGUCCUUAAUUUGUUGUCUGCUUUACAUUACACAACAUCUGAUGUACACUUAGUCUAUAUUCUUAUCAAAAAAUGCUACAAGUUUUCAUCUAUGUGUAAUUUUGGUUCUACACGUUUUGUACAACUUGUAGAAAUAAGCAGUAUACGGAAAAUGUGACGUAAUACACAUAAAAUUAGGAGAUUCCCCUAGUUACACGUUCUCGUACACGUUGAAAUGCUUAACCUCUCUAUUACGUGCAUAAUAAUUAAUUAAUGAAGCAAAUUUGGUGUACAAUUCUGUGUCGGUAUGGUUGUAUGUGUACUGUAGUUUGAUUGCUGAGGUGUGUUUUCUUUCUUAGUCAGUUGAUAGUUUUGACACAGUUGAGUUAAUGAACAUUUUAAGUCGUACAUACUUGUACUUGAAGGGUCACAGUCUAUUUCUUUUGGUUUUGUAGGGUUUUCUUUUUUUCAUUGUAAAUUGCUCAAAACAAGGGACACUUAAUUUUUGUGUGUUUGAGUUUUAACUUCUUGGUCUACUUUUUAACAGAUGUUGUUGUAUUAACUUUAAACACCCUUUUCUACUUUUUCACGUAAAUGGAUGAAGUUAGUAAAAUUUUUAAAUGUAUAGAAUUACAACUUAGCCUUUAAAUAAAAUUUAAUAAUUGGAACAGAAAAAUCUAAUCAUACAUAGUAUUGAUAUGGGUAAACUGUUAUGACAUAAUUAUUGAAAAAGACUGCAUGGAAAGUGCACAGGGUAAGUGCUCUCUGAAAAGUGUUUAUUGUGUUUGAAAAAAAGUGUUGACUUUAAAUAUUGAUUUGGACAACAAUUCAUUUCUAUGUAAGAAACCCUUUGUUGUCAAUGAUUUUUCAAUAAAUCAUCAACUGAACAAA